CUCAUUCCGGCAGUGCACACAAAGACCGGAUGUUGAUCUACUCACGUGUUAGAGGCAGAAUAUUACAUUUAUAUACUGCAGAUUUGUUAAGAACGUGAUUUUUUGUUGUUGUGCAAUGUCAGUGUCGUUGGUCAGAAGAGGACUGGAGCUGCUGAGUGAUGACAUCAAAGCAGAUGACAGCCAGAUAAAGAAAAAGAAGAAGACCCCCAGCUCGGCCGCAGUGAUGGAGCAGAUCAGCAGCAAUAGACAGGGAGUCAGCAGGCAGGUUAAAAGACUGCAGGGCCGCCUUGGUCCUGGGAAGAGCAAAGCUACAGUCAAGGACAAGAGGAUCAAAUCAGCUAUUGAAGAGUUCAGGAAGAAGCAGGGAAAGAGCAACCUGAGCGCCAAUCUCAAGUACUUCAUGGAAACUAUCAGUAAACCCACAGAUUCAGAUACUUUGAAGAUCCAGAACCAUAACGCAGGGAGACAGUCCAGAAAUCGCCCCGACAACCCUGCCAAGAAGGCCGAAGAGACAGAAUCUUUGUUCACAGAAGAGGAGUUCCAGCAGUUCCAGAAAGAAUACUUUGGAAAGACUGUAGAGCAGGGCGACUAAACCACAACACCAAAACAAAACAAUUCCACCUCAAUUUGAUUACUUUUUGUUUCAAAAUAUAUUAAGGGACUUUGUUUUUCUGCUGUCACUGGACUGCAGAACCGCCUGGUUGAAUAGAAGAAAUAACAAUUUCAGUCUUUAAAUGAUGAAAUAUUCCAGUAGGAUGUUUUCAAACUUCCUAAAGCCUUACAAAGUCCACCAGUUCUUUCUCUAAGAAAGAUAAUUAUUAUUAUAGAUAUAGAAUAGAUUAUUUUUAUCUUAUGGUUUAUGGAAUGAUGCCAACAGAAUAUAAAAGGAAUCUUUGAAGGCCCUGAGAAAAGGUAUUUUCUUUAGACUUUUUCUCAGCAGUCUCUGCAGAGAUCACUGUUCUCCCAUGAGCGAGUGCUGCUGUUAUAAUAUUUUACAGGUCUGUUCAAGUUGAUAUCAAAGCUGUUCAUGUGCUAUGCAGGUCUCACAGCAGAACCCAAUGUAGUAAAAAGAUACACGGUUUGUAAUUUUACUAUUAAAUUUACUUUAAUUUG